AUGACCAGAAAAGCCUCACUAGGUCAUGGAGUCUGCCAUUUUUGUGGUUUGGGAAUCUCAUAUUUCAUGAGCAUUCUUAGGUUGUGAUGAUUUCAUGAGUUACAUGUAUCUUUGAUUUCAUUAUUCAUCAACUUAUAACAAAAAGAUUCAUGUUUAUUAGGAUUGGGUUUUGGAAUGCCAUCAAUGGAAGCCUAAAGCCUGUUUCUUUUAACCGCUUUGUAGAACUUUCCUUAGUUGUCUCAAUAUCUCUCCACCAUUGCAUAAAGAGUUGCUCCUCUAUAUAUUCUUGUAAGGCAUGCAUUUCUUUGUGAUGAUAUAGUUAUUCCUAUAUUUUUAUCUCAUUAUACCUAUGAUAAAAUGGAGUAAAUUAGGACUAUGGUUCAUAAACCUUUGACUAUGAUUUAUGAGCAAAUUUAAUCAGUUAUCCGGAUACUAUACAUAAUUAAUCAGUUGUUGAAUAUGAUGUGGGACUAUUGAUGUAUAUGUAUGAUUCCGUGUUAUACCUAUUUAUGAUUGAUACCAAAAAUUAAAGUUUAUUUUAUUUUAUGAAAUAUUUAAAAUUUUAACAAUAGGAGUUUUUGUAGAAAUCUAGAAAAUUAAUUACUUUAUAAAAAAUAUCAGCCCGUUAUGCAUGCCCAUGAUUUUGUUAUGCAUGUCUGAUAACUAUUAAAAAGUGCAUAAAUAUAUAUAUAUUCUAGUUUUCAGGUAGUUGAACGGGGUAUAAGUUGGUAAAACGGGAAGCAUCGACGAGGACGAGGAGAGGACUUCAGCAGAUGCUGCAAUGGGUUUGAGAAGAAGCUUGGCGCUCCCAUUGGAUCGCCUGAAACCCUAUUCUGGGAUUCCCACCGUAGAAGCUUUGAACAAUGUUUGAAUCGAUUCUCUACACACUCUAAGCUUGGUGGCAGCAAGGGGCCGCUGUUGUUUCCUCUGUAUGCCCUGAUAUGGAAGUCGGAAUCUGCAGGGGUGGAGAUGGAGUGGUGUCAGAGGAGCCCACGGGGCCGCAGAUGGGCACCGCCCGAACGACAGAAUGGAACCCGCCAGUGGCGGCGGCGGCAGCAGGAAGAGCGCUUCCAUAGAGGGGAUCAAAGAUAUCAUUGCGGUGGCGUCUGGGAAAGGCGGCGUUGGCAAGUCCACGACUGCAGGUCUGUGAAUUUAAAAAAAUUUGACGUUGGAGAAGAUGACUCGAAUGCCACAUACAUUAUGGACUUAAUUGUGACUAACGCUGUCCUGCGCGUCUAGACGGGAUUUGCGUGCAUCCCUCUCAUUGCCGUUUUCGUGUGGUUUUCUGAUAUUUUUGUUCAUUCUUACGCUAGUUUAUGGUGCCCUGUUCAAGUUACAUCACCAUCUGCGGCAUCAUGAUUUCUGAGAGUGUUCUAUCUAAAUGUCAUCGAUCACCGUGAAUAAGAAGUGCCCAAUUGUCGAGUACCAGCGUUUGACUGGUGCUUCAGUGUUUCUGGGUUGUUCCAAUGCAUAGUUUCUUCAUGAAUUUUUUGAAAAUAUUUCCAAUUUACUUUGAUGUUGAAAUACUGGGCGAUUAAAAGCAUCUGUUCAUUAAUUUUAGUUCAAGAUGAUGGAAUUAAAAUAUCACCAGAUUUUGAGGUAAUUAUGUGGUAAUAUUUCACCGGAUUUUGUGUUCAUACGAUGAAGUUUCCUUGUUCUGGCAGUUAAUUUGGCCGUGGCACUUGCUAAAACAUGUAAACUGAAGGUCGGUUUACUGGAUGCUGAUGUCUAUGGGCCGUCCAUACCUACCUUGAUGAAGCUUGAAGGGAAGCCAGAAGUGAAUGAAGGUCUCAUUCUUCGAGCACAUCACAGUUGGCCAAUAUUAUUGUCUCCCUGUGCUUUCUUCUCCUCACUUCUUAAUCUUGUCUCUGUUUCUGAUAUACUGGUCAUUGUUCAGAUCCACUAAUAUAUCUGUGGUUGUCUCAUGUAUUCUCGUUUUUUUAAGUUCAUUAAUGGAUAAUUUGUGAUGCUCCCUCACAAAAUAUAUCUUCAUGAUUUCAUGUUACCCCCUACUUAAUUUACUUUAUUAGUAUACAGCUUGUGAUUCUCCUCACAAAAUAUAUCUUCAUGAUUUCGUGUUACCCCCUACAUAAUUUACUUUAUUAGUAUGCAACUUAUGACACUCAUCGCAAAAUAUAUUGCAAUGAUUUCAAGUUUAGUCCCUAUGUAAGUUGAUGGUAUUAUUUUUCUCCUGGAUUUGCUUGAAAAAAAAUUCUAAUAUUUUGUGACUUGAAGUACGAUGAUAGCUUCCCAACAUAGAUUGAUAUUAUGAAUCAUCUUAUUUGUAUCCUUGGUUCACUGAAGACCUAGCCUCAUUGCCUUGUUAAUUCUUUUCUCAAUACCUAUUGGCGAUUUUCCAAUGAGCUCAAUCCUUUUCGCAUUAUUUUUUGGUUGAUUAAGUCAAAUGUGAAUAGAAUGACGUGAAUAAUGGAGCAACUAUGGACGCUCAACAGCAUACAGAUAGCUCGAAUUUAAGCUUGUAACUCGGCUGAACAAGCGAUGGUGAUUCGUGAUGUUCUCUGUUUGAAGUCAAGCUGUUGAGAACAUGAUCUGAUCAUAAUGGGACUUAUUCAUGCUGAGCUCUUACUCAGAAGAGACUCGCAUAGGGGAGAGAGAGUAGGUCCCCUCUUCUAUCUGCCAUCUCCAUCUUCGGGAUUUCAGGCUUCCAAUCUAUUAUUUAUUCGAAUAAUCAUGUGAUUAUAAAGACAGUUCUACGCAACUUGUAGUUAAUUGCUUUUGGGUUGCAUGGCCUGACGAACAAACUAUGAACAAGUGAACUCACACUGUCUCAGGAUGUUUCCUAGUGAUAGGUAGAAGGAAAGAUACGAAAGAACGAAGUGGAAACAGGCUGUUUUUCAUCGGAUGUGGGAGACCCAGUUCACAACUCCAGGCUGCUACUGCUUCUGCGUGUCUUCUGUGGCUUAUAUAUUUUCUUCUCUAAUUUAAUACGGCAUCUCAUUCUUUCCUAGCUAGCUGCUCCAUGGAUGGAGUUCAUUGUGCUGAAUGCACAUUGAAUUCAUCUUAUUUUGAACUGUGCGUGAAUCAGACAGUAAACUACUCAUUCGACCAGGUUCAGAAAUUCCUAGUCUGAUUGGAUUACUGAGGAGACUGAUUCUAGCACCUGAACCCUGCCUUUCUGUUUCUGAACUAUACCACAACACGAAUUCUUUUCCCUCCAUGGGAGAGAAACCCUGAAGGAAACUUAGAUUUAAGAAAUGAAUACAAUUUAGUUUCUUAUAUGAAAUUGAGCGAGAAAUAGUCUCCAAUAAUCUAGAAGUUCAUUUUUUGUUUUGACGUUAAAAUGAAUAGAUUUGAUUUUUACUGUCACGUUUUUCAUAGCUACCCAAUGCUAUUAUUAGUAAUUCAGGCAGAUUGUAGUGAAUAUCUUAGAAAACUCGAGCUCUUGUCAUGGGUGCUUUUGGGGAGCAGGCAAAUCUGUUUCAGUCUUGAAGGCAUACUCAAGGUGUUCAGUUCUCAGCUAUGCUCAUGACCUGAUUCAGCAUUAUGAAAAACAACAGAGAGAUGAGCAAUCUUUCUGAGUCAUAAGGUCCUAUUCUAACAAGGCUGCUGUUUGUUGAUCAUCUUCAUGGAAAGAAUGACAGCCCAAUUUCCCAGAGGAUGCCACAGUCAGCACCAAUACCCACCUCCUGUUUUCUGCUUACACAUUUAAUCUGUUGUCAUCAGGAUGCCACUUUUCUCGUCUUUAUCACCAUUUGCCCGAGACAGUAGUCUCAUAUUCUUAAUCUAACAAAGCUUUCAUCACUCAUUCAUUUCCAGUACCUUUGAUAUGAAAACAAUACUCUCUGUUGUCUUUCACUUGUACUGUACAUCCUUCGAAGAUGAGGAUAAAUUUACGGAUAUUUAUUGAUCACGCGUCUAAAUAAUCCAUUUGUUUUUCCGAUUGCUAAGAUAUGUUGUUGCAAACGCUGGUCUUCUACUUACUAUUAACUUUUCUGAUAAAUUUUUAUGGUGUUAAAAUCAUACUGUAUCUGUCUAAUCAUGGGGAAAUACAAAUGUUUCCUCGAAUCUUGACCCAAUGUAAGCGUCUAGCAUAUAUGGCUAUAUUAUUGUAGAAUACAGUAUUGUGUUGCAAUCUUUUCUUGCUAGCUGCACGACAUCACCUAUCUAGAGAUAUUGAGAGUUUGAAUAAGCGUUGACAUUUGGCAUAUAGACUUCAUAUCGGACGAUUCAUCAAUGAAGUGAACUUUGCCUUUUUACACAGACAUGAAGAUGAUUCCUAUGAAGAACCAUGAUGUGUGGUGUAUGUCAAUUGGGUUUCUCAUAGGUAAGGAUGCUCCAGUUGUGUGGAGAGGACCUAUGGUAUGUCCCUAUUCUCAAAUACUAUUCUUGUAAAUUACUUUCUGGAAAUGCCUUUUCUUUUGUAUUUGAAAUUAUUCCUAUAAGUUUUUAGCUAUUUUCUUUUGGUGGGUCUAGCAGUGGUUAUUUGGCAACACAACACUCUUGUAGAUGUUAAACGUGAAAAACAUUCACUUGGACGACUUCACAUGUUUUUUAAUGCGUGUUUCUUGGUUAUUAUUCUCAUAAAUGAUGUGUGCUAUUUUCCUCUUUGACUUAAAAGCGUCCCAUGUUAGUGUUAGAUCUGGCAUGGCCUUGUGGCUACAGAUUUAAGGUGCUUUUAAUCCAGAAAGUUGCUUGUGCGGCUUUUAUUUUAUCUUCGUUCUCUCUUAGAUGUGGAGUUUUGGUAUUCAAUAAUCUAGAUUUAUUCAAUGUAUGCAGAUCUUAGGCGCUUUUAAUGCUAAAUACUUCUAUGUUCACUUUUUUUUUCUUAGACUUCACUCUCUUAUAAAUUUUAAGGGUCCUAUUUUAUCCUAGAGCUUUGUCCAGUGUAUCCUUCCAUCAAUUCAAAAAGUUAAUUCUCCUGUUAUUGGGCUCUACUUUAAUGAAUUUUCAGCAAUAAUGUGAUCCGCAAUGAUUUUCCCAGGGAGUCAAACCACAUUCCACAUUUCAGAUCGAUCAGUCGUUGAAUCUAUACAUUAAUUGGUCAAAAGGUUUCUCCAUCAAUAUUUGAAUUAGGAUUUGCUUCGGUGCCCAUGCCAUUACAGUGGUGAAGACCGUAGUUCUAGCUUCCUUUUCAGAGUCAACUUGACGCCUGACUCCAUGAUUACGCAGGUUUCCAAUGUAGUAAACAUUGGGCAUCUACCUGAGGGAUGACCUGAGCUGAGGUUUGUAAAGUUUUGCUUAGACUGCUGGCUCAUAACUCUCUCAGACGAGUGCAUUAAUAAAACAUUGUAUUAGGGAGGCAUAGGAGGUAGCCUGGUUUCAAAAUCUGGGUCCCAUUUGCAUAUCGUAUGAAUUACUUUCGCUUAUAAUCUUGUUUUCUUCCUGUUUCUCCGAUCACUUUCAUUGGCAUCCUUGUUUAUGUUUUGCUUUAACUCUCUCUCUUACAUUUCUGGUGUGAUUUUCUUCUAGUUUGUUCUGCACCUGUCCUAAGCCACCAGUCCUAUAUCUUUCCUGGUAUUUCACUAAGGGCACUUUUAUUGUCCAUGAUGGCAUGUAAUAUAGAAAAUUAUGUCUGCCUUGAGGAAGUUUUCCUUCUCUGUUAUACUGGAUCUUGGGUAAUAUGCUUGACGCACAGGAUCCUGAUAUCCUCUCCAUUCUCAUUCAUUAGCACUUGACUUCCUGGACCCAGAUCCGGUUAGGAAACAAAAGAAGAUAAUGAUGAAAGGCAUUCAGGGUAAAUAAAAAGUCAAAGAAAAUGAAAAGCAAAUAAGAGUGAUAAUUGCUAACAUGGGAACCAUUGAAAAUGAGAGGAAAGAAGGGGGGAAAAUGAAUAAACUGUUUAUUUAGUGCGUCGAGUAAGGCAUCUAGUUAAUGAUAUAUUUUAACUUACCCCUUUUACAUGGUGGAUUACUGUAAUACCUCCAAGCUGGGACUGUGAACAUGAAUUCUGGAAUCAAAUUGUGUAAUGGGACCAUUCAACAGAGACCAACCGAGUGGUAGAGCAGGCCCAUGCGUUCAAUCUCACAUCUUAGUUUGUCCCUGUUCAAUCUGGCGUUGUAAUUAGGAAAAUCUCAGUCUACAGGAACAUAGACUACAGAUCAUGAGGCAUGUGCUGUGGCCAACUUAGCAAAAGGACAUCUGUUUCCCAUUUUCUUUUCCUUUCCUUGCUUGUUCUAUUAUGGGGAUGCUGUAGGCGGCUAGGGCUCAUCUUUUAUGGCCUAAAGCACAUCAGAACGAGAACCUCCUCUUUGUUUUCUUCUGCCUGAUUACCUCCCUGAGUUCAGCAGAUUGGUCCAACGGCCAAGAAAGAAGAUCCAGUUGAAUUCAUCUUGUUAUGGUUUGACUGAGUUUCCAGUUACCUGCCCAAAGUUUUGGUUAUUUCCUUAUUUGACCAUAUCUUGUUGAAUGCCAAAAAAUAUUUAACACCCAAAUAUUUUGUGGUAGUCCAUUUUUAGAAAAUACAUGUAUCUGGGUAUGUAGUGCAUUGAUUUCAGUAGUCUUUUUCGGGGCGCUAUUUUUCUCAUAUCAAAGUGGAUUUCUCACAUGAAUUUAUUGGAUUUUUCAUCCUUGCAGGUAAUGAGCGCUCUUGAAAAGUUGACCAGGGGGGUUGCUUGGGGUGAGCUAGAUAUACUAGUUAUAGAUAUGCCUCCUGGCACUGGUGAUACACAGCUGACUAUCUCUCAGAGAUUGCGAUUAUCUGGUAAUCAUGCAUCCUCUGUCCUUUUUGAUUUUUUCUAAGCAAGGAUCUCAUAAUAUUUAAAUUAAAAUCACCAAAAAUGGUCUCAUUUUCCAGAAAAAUAUUCUUUCACUAUUAGACGAACUGGGUGUUGGCAUUAAAAUUAAAUAUCACCUCACUGUAGCAGUCAGGAUCGUGUUCAUUUCGGCUUGGAUCUUGUAGCCUUGUUGCGGUGAAGUUUUCUGAUGAACACAAUGACUCCACCUUCUGCGUUGCUGAUGAUGAUUGGUUGGAAAAUGAUAUUCACCUUGGACUAUGGUCUAUAUUUUUCUCUCUUAGUUUUUUUCUUUGCUGGUUGAGAAAGGUAUUCUUUCUUCGUAACAUUACUAUUCAGAUUAAUGCUAAUUUUUUAAAAAGUCGAUUUUAGUUAACUCUGGUGGAUCAUACCUUAGUAGAUCAAUCUUUGUCAACGAUCAUAUUUAAAAAUGUUCACUGUCAUCCAAUUCUCUAUUUUUUAUUGAUAUCUAGAUUCUUUAUCUUCUUAAAUCAGAAAAAUCAUCUAGAAUCUCCUUCAAAUCCCCAGUGACAUUGAUGCCAACACUUGAGAUAAAUUUUCAAUCAUUUCUUCCUUUUUUUUCUUUCAUUCCAUUGAAUCACAUAAAAGACUAAUGGCGAAUUAUUUUUAUUUUAAGUAUGUGGUUUUUAAGCAGCUGGUCCGGUUUGAUUCACCUCAGGGCUAUCAAUUAAUCGUCUGUUUACAUCUUUGACACGCUAGGCGCUUUGAUCGUUUCAACUCCUCAAGACAUUGCACUGAUCGAUGCCCGAAGGGGUGCAAAUAUGUUCCGAAAAGUACAAAUACCUGUAAGUAUAUUUAUUAUUCAUUAUUUGUGAUUUACUUCUUGCCCAACAUAUUAUAUCAAUCUAGUCAAACCUAUCCAGUUAAGCUUACUUGUUCUAAUCACAUACUUGGCAUUAUUCCUCUUUUUAUUUUUUCUGUUGUGAUGCCCAUAAGUGUAAUGCUCUCCUUGGUUCUAUGUGCGUUGACCAACUCAUUACACUGUUUAUUAUUCAACCCCAUCUUUGUAUCGUAGUUUCUAUAUUUUAAUUAAAUAAUUCCAAAAUAUGUGCUUUUCCAUUCUGUGGUCCUUCUGACUGGGGGGAUGCAAGGGAAAGUAUCAAAAUUUUCUGCGUUGACCGUAUUUGAACCUUGCAUUUAUCUAUCUAUCUAUCCGAAGUAAUUCAGUAUUUUUGUGCCCUGGCAGAUUCUGGGGUUGAUAGAGAACAUGAGCUGCUUUAAGUGCCCUCACUGCCGAGAGAAGACAUAUAUAUUUGGGCACGGUGGGGCCCGCAAGACGGCCGAGGAGAUGGGCAUGGAAUUUCUCGGCGAGGUAUUUAGUCAGUUUUAUCGCCCAAACGAUUUUAAUAUUCAACUUAAUUCGAGGUAAAUUGUUUCUUGCGACCCACUUCUUCUCAUCCAAUUUAUUUAAAACCUUGUUUGAAUCCAACCGAAAAGGCCACCAAUGCAUGCUGAUGUCUAGUGAACAUUUUAUAAUCUGUCUCAUGAAUCAUGCAAGAACAGUUGAAGAACGGCUCCUAAAUAUCACAACAACUUUUAUCCAGUUUUAUUGUUUUUCUUUCGAUUUUAUGAUUCAUCAGCCUUCUGUUCUCUUCCUCCAUCUAUAAAUCUUGAAAAAAUAAAGAUGUAAAUAGAUAAAAUACUGAUUUUUUAUCUAUGUCACAUCUUAAUCCGAUUACUCUUUUCUUUCUUGUUGAUUCAUUGCAGUUCCGGACUAUUUAUCCGCUUCCUUCAGCUAUAAAUCUAGAGAAAAAUGAAGAGAUAUAAAGUAUAUAGAGGGAUGAAUUUCUUGGAGUUAACAAUCGGGUCACUUCCCUGACGGAGCCUUUGAAAUGUUUUACUCUGAUUCAGAUACCUCUGGAAGUGGAGAUAAGGAGCAGCUCAGAUGAAGGAAGUCCGAUUGUUGUGUCGGCGCCGUCCUCGGAAGCGGCUGAGGCUUACAAUGAGAUUGCCCAGAGAGUUGUUCUCUGGCUCGUUGACUCGGCGAGGGAGAAAGAUCAGGGCCCGAUUAUUUCUCUGUGA